UGCUUGUGAAUGAGACUUUAGUUGUCAACCGAGUUGACUUGAGUUAGUGUCGAAAGUGUUCGUGUACAACCGUGUUCUUUCUCGUCGUUCUAUCAGCCCAUGCCUGCUAGAGCCCAGGCGUCAUCAUGGGUUUGUUCCGGCGUUCCUCGAGCAGCGAAGCUCCUCCGACGCUCCUGAGGCUCUCGCCUCUCAGGCAGAGCAUCGGUCCUGGAAGCGGCAGCGGUGCCAACAUCACUACCACCACCACCACCACCAACAGCAGCAGUACGUCCAGUCUCCACCACCAUCACCUCUACCACAGGACGCACUCGGCAGCGAUCGUCAGCGAGAGUCCAGUUCUGCGUCGCCUUCACCAGCGUCGAGCCUCCUCUGUCGACACGCCCACCCGAGAAAAAGGCUCGCCACGUUUUCGGAGGCGCGUGGAAAACCAGUGGUCGUCACUGGUAUCGAAAUGGCGGAACAUAGGAUCUCCGUCCCGCCAUGCGGUGACACCCACACCGGACCACGAGGGUUUGGUGGGUGGGGCGGACAGGGUGCACAUGAUGCGCCAGAGAGACCUCCACGCCCACAACUCCACCAGCAGCAGUAGCAGCAGCAACGGCAGUAGCAACGGGCCAUUCAAUGCCAUCCGAUCCCGUCUGGGUCGCGGGAGGUCACGCCAGACCCGCGCCAUGUCUUUGUGCGAACCCGAGGAUGAGUGGGCGCCACCCAACCGACAGUGGGUGGAUUCGCGGGCGGUGCUGGAGUGGGCGCGUCGUUGCGGAGAGAGAGACGAUGAACAGGAUUCCGGCGUCACAGGCAGCGACAACGACGACACAUUCCCUAUUUCUUCCACUAAGUCCACGACUUCGUCGUCUUCGUCCUCGAGCCAUGACGAAGCCUUCAGUGAGACUUGCAGCGACACGUACGCCGGCAGUGAUGGCCACGGGGAUUCCACCCCGCCUCCUUCCAUGGGAGAUUACACCCACAACUGUUCUUCCUCCUCUUUCUCCUCCCACAGUCUCAAGCGUCGAACUCACGCCAGCCCCAAGAGACACACGCCGCAUCACAUGCAGCAGACGGCGACAACGAACGCGCCUUCCCUCCAGCAGCCGAGAAUCGUCGCCGAUCACAUCAUCAAGAUGCACACGCACGAUCCCCACCCAGCCACGCCCUCGCCCCCACCCUCCUCGCAACAACCGGGUGUUCUUGGGCGUAGAUACCAGAAGCCCGCUCAUCCAUCCACACAGCCAAACCAACAGAUGUCACAUCAUCAUCAACAGUCGACGCAACCGCGCCCUACUGCUGUCCCUUCGAGGGCCGCCGGUGGGCGGGCACGAUUAUCUUCCUGCGUAGAUUCCUGCAUAUGGGAGGAACCACCACCACUCGAUCACCGGUCACCAACACGCCCCUCCACGUACACGCCAUCCAACACCCCCACCGGCUCCCAUUCCAAUAGCCCUAACCAAAUACACGUUCAAACCCCCAAUCACCAAACGAGUACACUAGAUCGCCACAAGCAAGGGCGUCAUUCGCCCCCUACGCCUGUAACCAUGACCCUAGGAAGAGGCGGCCUUCGCACCUUGACGGCGGCUACAACGGAGGAGAGAAGACUGUUGCAGAGUAAAAAAUCCUCCCCCGAAAAGAACACUACCAAGGAUCCACACGAGACUCCCACGAAGCACCUGCCUCCGCCUCUCACUCCCACUGCGGAACAUAAUAAGUCUACGUCUAGUCAAGAGGAAGAAGCAGACAAGGUGGACGGGCAACCAAGCUUCUGCACUCUGCCGCGUCACAAGCGAGAAGUGACCUUCCAGAUCCGGACGGUAGUUUUCGAAAAAGGUCCAGGACAUCGAUCCCUGGGUUUCAGCAUCGUAGGCGGAACAGAUUCCCCGAAGGGUUCCAUGGGCAUUUUCGUUAAAACAGUCUUCCCACAGGGCCAGGCUGCUUCUUCAGGUGCACUACAAGAAGGUGACGAAAUCUUGGCCAUCAACGGAAAACCCCUCCACGGAAGCUCGCACAAGGAAGCCAUCCAAGCCUUCAAAGAAAUCAAGCAGGGCAAAGUCGUCCUACACAUCGGGCGGAGACACCGCAAGAAGACUAAUGGAGCGAAUACAUCCAUGAAUUCUUCCGUGGCCCACCCUUCUUCCCCUCUUCAGCAGUAGUCUCAGUUAAUUCUGUGCUGUAUUUUGGAAAGUGGGUGGAACUAUCUAUGGCUGUUGGACGCCAUUUCCGUGGUAGCUUUACAUGGUAGUGUUUUCAAGAUUAAGGGGACUUGGGAAGCCACUGCCCAGUCAUGGCAGAAGAGGGUAUUUUAUAUAUCAGUGCUGCACUCUUUCCAAAGGGUAUUAUUAAUGUCUGCGAGAAGUUUCUGACUUGUACGAAGUUAGUGAUGAUUCAUGUACGUUGUGGCAACUACAGCUUUAGGUUUCUGUUUAUUAUCUUCAUCGAAGUCAUUUUUUAUCCCCUUAAAUUUUACUGUUCUUAAAUGCUCAACUAAUUAUUUUUUUUGUUUCUGCAAAUAUUUCGCAAGAAAUGUUUUUUUUAUAAUAAUUGUGAUUUUAAGUGCACGCUAAUUGAUACAAUUCGCGGCUUGACAAGCAAGAAAUCAAAUAUUCCCAGUUUUGUAGUUUUAUGUACUAUUCUGUACAUAUUUACUUUCUAAUCAUUUAUUGUAUAUAAUAUAAAAAUCUUUACUCUUUUUUUGAGUCCACCCAAAAGACCCAGUUGCCUUUCACAUAAAAGGCACAAUAUCUUUUCCUAGUCGAUGGGACUCGACCCAAUUACGUAUUUUUUUUUCAAACUUUAAAAGUAAAUUUAAGUUCUAUGUAUAUUAUUUUCCUAAGUUCUUUGUUUUAAAGGAACAUUCAUUUAUGUUGUACAGUUUAAUUUUUAUUGUGAUAAAAUAUUGAGUUAUUGAUGUAUCGCCUAUAUGUGUGUGUAUGAGUAUUCUCUAUCUUGUGAAUGUGAUAUAGAUGUAAAAGCUUUACUUAAUAAAAAUUUAUCUCUGUA